AUGUUCAUCUCGCUUUCUGAACUCCUUCCCCUCCUCUGCCUCGCCAUCGGUGUCGUUGCCGCUGAUAGCGGUGAUCAUUUUCCCGUUACGGCCGGACAGAUAAGGCUCUUCACCGAUGGCGAAACGAUCCCCAAUCAGCUUGGGCACGACCCCUUAUCAUUCAAUGUUGGUGGGGUGUCUCCGGGGCAAACGUUUCUGAGAUUUGAGCGGAAUUUGAAGGGUCAGGGGCCUUUCCUACUUGCCGAUUAUUCGAUUUGGCAGGGACGUAAGACUAUUGGCGCCGACGCAGACAACAAAGACGAGGCGGAGAUGAAGCACGAGGAAGAUCUCAAAAAGCUCAAAGCGGGCGAGGGGGCCUUCUCGCUCCACAAAAAGGUCGGUGAAAAGGACGAGCAUUUGGACUGUCGCCUGGGUGGAGACUUUAAAGACCCGAGUAAAGGCGUUUACUGGGCGUUCACCUGGGAGUCGACGAGCUGA